AUGGGUGUUCGAGGUUUACAGACGUACAUAAGAAAAAACAGAAACAAAGAAAAAUUCCUUAGUGACUACACAUUACGGGACACUAAGUUGAUAAUUGAUGGUUCAAAUUUGGUUUACUUUCUAUAUCAAUUCUUUGAAAUUCCUUUCAAGUUUGGAGGAGACUAUGAUCAUUUUGCAAGAGAGUGUGGCGAUUUUUUUUCAUCAUUGAAACGUUUACGUGUUGAACCGAUUGUUAUCUUUGACGGAGCCGACGAUCCGACAAAUAUAAAGUUUAAAACGCAUCUAGAUCGUUUAGAAAAGCAGUCAAGAAAAGUUGAAAUGAUCUUUCAACAGACCAGAAGAACCCUGGACAUUGGAGAUACAUUUAUACUACCCGUCUUGGCAGAACUUACUUUCCGAAAUGUUCUCGUGAAGCUUGGGAUAGUUCACGCAUGUUGCCUGUUUGAAGCCGACAGUGAGAUUGCUUUUCUGGCAAAUAAAUUUAGGUGUCCAGUUUUAAGCGCCGACAGUGAUUUCUGUGUGUUUGCAUUGGAAGUUGGUUGUGUGCAUCCUGCAGAUUUACUGCCUUUACCUGAACAUCUUCUGGAUUAUUUGCCUACUAAGAUCUACAACUGUCGGGUUUUGAUGGAAGAGAUGAAUAUGGUUGACGAUGACGUUAUUCUACCAGUAUUCGCAACAUUGGUUGGGAAUGAUUAUUUCGAUUCUUCAAACAUUAAGUUUAAAAGCCCUACAAAAAACAGCAGUUGUGAGUUAUCAGGUGGUGUACAUUAUACAUUAGAUUGGUUAAAAAAAGCUGGCUUUCGUAGUGGAACGGAAGCUUUUAAAAAGUUAACAGAACAGUUAUCGGACGAAACACAAAAAAGUCUGUUCGUAAAGUCAGUCAAGUCAUAUUUCAAUAUCUAUUGUACGCCAGACCAGCAUGAUGCUGUUGACUUAUCAGAGGAAGUACUAGAAACAGUCUUAAGUCGAUGUUCUAUCAAAGUUGAUUUGCCUAAAUGGUUUAUCUUGGGUCUCAUCAGAUGUGACAUAAACAGCAAGUUUUUACUGAAUAUAGCAAUAAACAAGCGAUAUCUAUUCAAAUCCCAGAUUGAAGACCACAGGAAUCCUCCUUCAUUCGCUUGCUCGAAAGGAAUCAGACGUGUUAUAUACGAAAUUUUGGUAGGACAAAAUCCUAAAAAGGAGCAGCGAAAGAUAAAAGAAUAUCACAGAGUUAAAACUAAUGUCUCAAAUGUGAAUCCAUUGAAAAAACUACCACAUUUCCCCAAGUUGCCGCACAUUACCGAUAUUGGAAUACUAAACAAACAUUCAAGAAAAACUCUUUUGUUCGCAAUAUUUGGUGACAUGGUAGAAAUCUUACCUGAAGAGAUGGAUGAAACUUCAUCAAUAAUUAUUCUCAUGCUAAGUCUAUGGCAGAGAAACUCGAAAGCGUCGGUAGACCAACUGAAGGCUUUCGUCAUAAGUAUUUUCACAAUGCAGAUUUGCACCGCUGAUGAUCCAAAUGAAAUAGAGAUACUGAGCGUAAGAGAGGCAACUGUAAUUGGGACAUUUGAAAAAUUCAGUACCAACAUGAAAAUACAUUUUAUAGAACGCAUGGAUUUAAACGAGAAUAUUGUGAAUGUUCUACAUAAAAACGCACAGUUUCAGUCCAUAUACAAAGAAAUGCAAGUCUUAAACCAGCUUCUCUUAAAACCAGUAUAUCUUCCAAAUCCCGAAAGAUUUCUUCAGAGCACUCUGGUUUGCAAAGUUUUUCUAUUUCUGACAAGGGACAAUGGUAAACCUGAAGAAGUUUUCUGUAAAAAAACAUCACGUCUUUUCGUGUUGUUCGAAUACUGGUUGGAAUUAAUUGAGCAGCUAUGUGAGCGUUGUGAAAGACAUAUAUGUCCUGUUGCUUCGACUGUUGCUUCGGCUACAGUGACGAGAAAUGUAAACGCUCACAAAGAAAAAAUUAAGGUAUCGAUAAAUAAUGCAGCAUAA